CCCGCCCUGCUCUUGCGCGACCCGACCCGCCGCGCUGACGUCACGACGCCAUUCCCCGGACCAAGAUGGCGGCGCUUGGGCUACGGGCGCCCCUCCUGCUUCGCCCACGCGCCCCAUAGCCAGUCGGGGGAGAGAAAGAGAGAGGGCGGAGGAGCAAGGAAGGUGUCAAGGGGCCAUUGCCUCACAAAGGACAUUCACACCCCCAAGGGCUGACGGCCGCCUCUCCUACCUUGGGUUGAUCGCUUUCCUCGUCGGGCAGCAGGUCAUGGACGGCUCCUUCGUGCAGCACAGCGUGCGUGUCCUGCAGGAACUCAACAAGCAACGGGCGCGGGGGCAGUACUGCGACGCCACCCUGGCCGUGGGCAGCCUGGUGUUCAAGGCGCACUGGAGCGUGCUGGCAUGCUGCAGCUCCUUCUUCCAGAGCAUGUAUGACGAAGCGUCCAGCAAAAUUAUCCUCCCCGAGACCUUUGUGGAAAUCUUUGGCCUUCUUCUCGAUUUCUUCUAUACGGGGCACUUGGCGGUUACGCCUGAGAACUGGGAGAAGCUUCUUGAGGCGGCCAAGGAGCUCUCCGUCCCUGAAGCGGUCCGGUUGUGCCAGGAGUUCAAGCCAUGGGGCGGCUUGGAAAGGGGUGACCAAAAUGGCCAGCCUUCACCAGAGGACUCUGGGGUUUGCGCCAAGGCAGCAAAGGAUGCUGAGGGGGAGUCAGCCUCCCUUGAUGCUGCGGGCGAAAAGGACUCCGUGGAGGAAACUGGCCCCAGCCCCUGCGUCCAGGGGAGCCAAGUGGCCCAGGGACAAAGAGGGAGCCCUUGCCUCCUUCCGGCAAGGUUGAAAAGGGCUCCCCAAACGAACACACUGAGCAGUGCAGGUGAAGUAAAGAGCCCCCCGGAAUGUAAAAGUCCAAUGAAAAGAGGAGCCAGCGAGGAGGCGGGCGCCAGUAAUGAGCAGGAAACACAGGAGGCUCUGGGGUUAAGUGAGGCCCCUGCAGAAGAAGACAGGGGAGGAAAGGGGAAGAAGGAAAUAGAUGAGGACUACCUCCCUAAGAAGAAGAGCCUGCGGGCCAAGAGGAAGCCUCGUCUGGCCAGGAAGCCCACCAACUCCAAGGUCAUGGUGGGGAAUGGCAGCCUGUUGGAGGCUGGGGUGCUUGGCAGCCGGAGAGGCACAACCGAGCCAGUGGAAUGCCCCACCUGCCAUAAGUCGUUUCUCAGCAAAUACUAUCUCAAAGUCCACAACAGGAAGCACACAGGAGAGAAGCCUUUCGAGUGCUCCAAGUGUGGGAAAUGCUACUUUCGAAAGGAAAACCUUCUGGAGCAUGAAGCUCGAAACUGCAUGAAUCGUUCAGAGCAGGUUUUCACCUGCUCCAUCUGUCAAGAGGCGUUUAAAAGGCGGAUGGAGCUGCGGCUGCACAUGGUGACCCAUACGGGCGAGAUGCCAUAUAAGUGCUCUUCCUGUGUCCAGCAGUUCAUGCAAAAGAAGGAUCUCCAGAGCCACCUGAUCAAGCUGCAUGGAGCCCCAAAGCCUCAUGCGUGCUCUGCAUGCUCCAAGUGCUUCCUGUCUCGAACCGAAUUGCACCUCCACGAGGCAUUCAAGCACCGUGGGGAGAAGCUGUUUGUUUGCGAAGAAUGUGGUCACCGGGCCUCGAGUCGCAAUGGACUGCAGAUGCACAUCAAAGCUAAACACAGGAAUGAGCGCCCCUAUGUGUGUGAGUUCUGCCAGCAUGCCUUCACCCAGAAGGCAAACCUCAACAUGCACCUUCGGACCCACACUGGAGAGAAGCCCUUCCAGUGUCAUCUCUGUGGCAAAACCUUCCGCACCCAAGCCAGCCUGGACAAGCACAACCGGACCCACACUGGCGAGCGCCCAUUUAGCUGCGAGUUCUGUGAGCAAAGAUUCACAGAGAGAGGCCCUCUGCUGAGGCACAUUGCCAGCCGGCAUCAGGAAGGGAGGCCUCACUUCUGCCAGAUCUGCGGGAAAACCUUCAAAGCGGUGGAGCAGCUGCGUGUCCAUGUUCGAAGGCACAAAGGGGUGAGGAAGUUUGAAUGCACGGAAUGCGGCUACAAAUUCACACGACAGGCCCACUUGAGGCGCCACAUGGAGAUCCAUGACCGGGUGGAGAACUACAACCCCCGCCAGAGGAAGCUGCGCAAUCUCAUCAUCGCAGAUGAGAAGGCGGUAGUGGUGGCCCUGCAGCCUCCCCAUGCGCUGGAGGAAGUGGGCUCUGCAGAAGUUAUUGUGGAGUCACUGGCCUCUGGGUCCCUGAGUGAGGAGCUCCCUGAACAGAGACUCUGCGCCAAUGAGAAUUUUGGCUCCCCGGACGUAGUUGAACAGUCGCUUAUUAUUACCAUCCCAGAUGACUGUGAAACGUAGCAGCUUCUUCCUGUAAAUUCCUUUUCCUAAUAAAGCUGGGUGGCUUGCACCUUUC